CUUAAAGAGGCCAGAAUUCCAACCUCUAGAGCUGGCAGAAUGUGGCAUUAUGGUACCUUGGCUACUGGUCUUGGGUUGGGUGCUAUCAGUGAAUCUGUCAAGAGAGCUACUGGUAUUUCUACUAAUAACGAGGGAUCUGUUAUGUUGAGUGAAAAAAAUGUGGAUCGUUUGGUCGAAAAGUUGUCCCGUAUGCGAGGUGCAGCUCUUAAGAUGGGUCAAAUGUUGAGUAUUCAAGGUAUUCAGGCCGCCGGUGAGGGCAAGAACAUGAUGCCUCCACAAUUGGAACAAAUUUUGUUGCGUGUCCACGAUAGCGCAAACUAUAUGCCAAAGAAACAAAUGGAGGAAGUUAUGUCUCAAGAACUUGGAUCUGACUGGCGGUCAAACUUUAGCGAGUUUGAUUCUAUUCCAAUGGCUGCAGCAUCAAUUGGACAAGUCCAUGCAGCCAAACUAGCAUCUACGGGUGAAGAUGUGGUCAUCAAGAUCCAAUACCCCGGAGUUGCUGAAUCGAUCGACAGUGAUCUCAACAACCUAAAGACCAUCAUUACCUUUAGCAAUCUACUUCCUCGAGGACUUUAUCUUGACAACACUGUCAAGGUUACCAAGCAGGAACUUGCCUGGGAGUGUGAUUAUCUGCGUGAAGCAGAAAGCGCACAGCGUUUCAACAGCCUUUUGAAGAAUGAUGAUCGGUACAAGGUCCCGACUGUUGUCAAGGAAUUGUGUACCAAGCAGAUCCUCGUUUCUGAGCGACUCAGAGGACGAGUUUUGAGCAAGGCAACCGAAGAAUCUCAAGAUAUGCGCAACAAGCUUGGUGAAGGAAUUUUGCGCCUCUGUCUCCGUGAAGUAUUCUCUUUCCAGUUUAUGCAAACUGACCCCAACUGGUCAAACUUCUUUUACAACCGCCGCAACGGUCAACUCGAAUUGCUUGACUUUGGUGCCUGCCGUGAAUUCCCAGAUACCUUUUUGGCCCUGUAUGGCCGUAUCUUGGUGUCUGCCUCAAGAGGUGACCGCGAAGGCGUAUGGCAGUACUCAAAGGAACUUGGAUUUGUGACUGGGUAUGAAACAGAAAUCAUGCGCAAUGCACAUAUCGACAGCGUGAUGGUAUUGGGCGAGCCGUUUGGAGAGAGUGCACCGGACAUGUACGAUUUUGAGAAACAGACGAUCACUGAGCGUGUGCGAGAGACGAUCCCCAUCAUGCUCCGCCAUCGUCUCACCCCACCUCCGGAUGAGACAUACGGUCUUCACAAGAAGCUCUCGGGUGCAUUCUUGCUGUGCACAAAACUAAAGAGCAAAUUUGACACAAAGGCUGUUUGGAAUGAGGAAGUAAAUGAAUCAUUGAGAGCCUUUAAGCCUACCGCUUAAUUAUUAUUAACAAUAAUAACGAAGAGGAAAUAACGGUAACGGUAACAGCAAUAGAAUCAAGCACACCGACACAUGUAUAUUUUUUUUCUCCUUUUAAUUUUCUUUAUAGACACACCUGAUUUAAACAUGCCAAAAAAAAAAAGAAAGAGAAGGACAAUGAAAUGCUACUUUUAUCUCU